AUGGCCAAGCUCUGCCACCAGCCCUGCACCUUCGCCAUGAGACUCCCGAAGGACAGCAAUAAUCGGGCAAUUUUCGCCCAUCGUGGAGUCCGAGCGCUGGGCUGUGAGGAUAUGUACGCGCACUGGGAGCACUUCACCGAGCCCCACAUCAGGAAGCACAAAUACUGCAUCCUCGUUGGAGGCGGCGCGGAAAAGGAGCUCCGUUGCCAUUGUGAGCCCCGCUACUGUAACCAGGUCAUCGAGGAGUGGAGCGAAGGCCACCUGCUGAGCUUCCAAAACGGCACCCUGAAAGGCGACUACCUCGAAUACCUCUUCCUCAACCAAAACCAACUGGAUGAGAAGAUUGAAACCCGUCCGAAGCCGUUCAAGGUGACGGUCCCGCAGCGAGAGCCCAAAAGUCUCGUCAACACCACGACAUCCCCGACGGAAAAUUCCGGGACGCUACAACUGGAAAAUAUCACGUUUUCCACGCAGCUCCAAGAGACGACCGUUACGGCGGAGCAGCAGAAGGAAUUUUUGCCGAAGGGAUCGACUACCGAUGCGACUAUCCACACCCCGCUGCCCGUCUACGUCCUGCCGGCCGACCGCGAGCUGCAUGGCCGUUCUGUCGAUAUUCCCGGCGUCACGACCACGUUCACCUCCCCCUCUACUACCACUACGACUACGGAGGACCCCAUCUUUGAGCUGAACGGGAUCCGCACCGCCACUGUCGUGUCGUGGUUCGAUGAGGAGGGUGCCGAAUUCGUGGAGGGUCCUGAGGAGAAGGUUGACGAGAUUCUCGACCGGCUGACCAGCGACCCGUCAACCCCCGAGCCCACCAAGGUGGUCGCCUGGAUUUCUACUGAGCACGACGACUACGACGAUGACCUGCUCGAGCCCGAGCCUUCCGAGGAGCCGUGGAUCACUACGCUGGUCACCAUUGGCUUGCUGUUGCUGCUCCUGCUCCUGGCCACCCUCAUCUACUGCGUCUACCGCAGCUGCCGCAGGUCAAGAAAUGAAGAGGUCUCCGCUGAGAAGAAGCAGCUCGUCCGGGAUGAGAUCGUCGUGGAGCACGGCACCCGCGACGGGGGCAACGUCAACUUUUUGCGCAAGACCGUGAAGCCGCUGCAUACGGACACGCCGAAAAGUCGAUUCCAGUUGCCGGAACCGGACGAGGAGCUGCCCGCUAAGGAAUUCGACUCUAAACCUGAAAACCUCAGGGUUAGGGCGACCAUGCCCGAGUUGGACGUCUCCGACUUCACGGAGCCGCCCAGCAUCUUUAGGGACGCCAUCGCGCCGCCGGCCCUGCUGAACUCGGGCGGGACCGAGAAUCCGUUUCUGAAGCCGUUUGCGACGGCCCCGCUCAGCUCGCCCGAAUUUGACGAGAGCCCCGAUCCGCUGGCCGUGAGGGUGGUCCGGAUUGAGCGCCAACUGCCCACCCGCCUAUCCACCCGCAUCAGCCACUUCAUCGACACCGACGUC